GCGAAGAAAGUCAGCAUGAAUCUCUGGAGGAAAGUGAGUCCGCUUACCCUGCUGGUAGUAGCAACGGUACUCUUAAUCGAUUUCGGUGAAGCGAAAAAGUUCGACAAAUGCUCGCUGGCAAAGGCUCUGCUGGCGCAAGGAUUCAGCAAAGCCGAUCUCCGCAAUUGGGUGUGCUUGGUUCAGAACGAAAGCGCCAUGGACACCACCAAGAAGAACAACAACCGCAACGGUUCCACCGAUUGGGGACUGUUUCAGAUCAACGAUCGAUACUGGUGCGAUCCUCAGGAUAAGAACAAAAAGGCCUACAACGAGUGCAAGGUGAAGUGUUCUGAACUACUAACGGAUGACAUCACCAAAGCUGCGACGUGCGCCAAGAAGAUCAACAAACGUCACGGUUACCGAGCCUGGUACGGAUGGAUCAAUCACUGCGAGAAUAAAGCGCUUCCGGAUCUGAGCAAGUGUAGUUUGUGAA